AUGUCGUUCGAUCUGCUGGCCGAGUUUGGGAGUCCUCCGCCGCCACCAGGGCAGAACCGCCCACAGCAGCAGCAACCUAAUUCAGCACGGCAGCCAGGGUCCGCGAGCUUCUCGCUGUUUGACGACCUCGCCGGCCUUGGUCAGCCUGCUGCCCCCUCUGUUUCCGCGUCAAAUUCAUUCAAUACCGGCGUGAGUGCCUUUCCAACCCAGGGACCACGCCUCUCGGCCACUCCCGGAGCUCUACCAACAUCGAUCCAAGCCGAGACCGGCAAUGACGACGACUGGGGAGACUUUGCAGAUGCCGCCCCAUCUGCAGCCCUAACGACUUCAGCAUCUAUUAAUACCACCUCCCAGGCACAGGACCCGUGGGCUAGUCUCCGCACGUCGACCAGCCCUGCCGGGGCUAAGGCUACUUCUGGCAUUUCAACCUCGCCUGCCCCACAGCCAAUCUUUAAUUCCACCGCCUCGAAAAACGACCCCUUCGACUUCAGCGCUUUUGGCGUCCCAUCGCGCCCACAGAGCACGGCUGCCCAGCCGAAAUUUGCAGCUCCGCCAGCGACGCCCGUACCCGCAAGCCAGCCGGCCACCCCACGUGAUCCCAAUGUUCUGUUCGAUGCCGAGAACCUGUCUGAGGAUGAUGAUGAUUUCGGUGAUUUUGAAGAUGCUACUCCUAGCCCAGCUCCUCAGCAGCCAGCAUCUGCUCCGAUUGCCACUCCCGCGCCGGCUCCUGUACCGAAGCCUGCCUCGCCCCCGCAACCGAAGUCUGUGCCCGCUACGGCACAACCGCUGAACAUAGAUGCGCUCCUGGGCGAAUUAGAGGUCUCAGACCCCCUCACCUCUGUGGCACCAACGUCAAAGCAAGAUGACUGGAAGAACAGCACGACAGCUAAAUUCGCCGCGAAAACACAAACAUCGCAACCGGCCUUUGGCGCCACCAAGUCACCGCCCGCCCCGAAACCUGCCACGAAAAUGGCACCUAAAGUUACUGCAGCUAAAUCAUCGGCGCCUAAAUCGUCGAUGGAUCCACCAUCCAAACCCAUAGGCCAGCCUCUAGGCUGGGAUGACGAUUGGGACGACCUGAUUCCCACGAAUCCCGCGCCAGCACCGGCUGCCUCUUCGAGUCCCCAGCCCGCCGGUUUCUCCAUCCCCACACCGUCACCCAUACCCGACCCCGCGCCGAAUUCUCUCCCGCCGACGAAUGUUCCCCCUCCUGCCCUCCUACUUACACUAUUUCCGCCCAUCUUUGCUCUAGCACACUCGUCCUUUUUCAAGCCGCUCGGCACGCAGCCCUCGCACGUUCGCCCCAAGAUCCUUGCCGAUCAAGCUGUCGUCAAGUUCCUGAGAGGUUACUUGACGGUGGGCGCCGUGGCAGCUCGAAUCAUUGCCGGCCGAAAGUUGCGUUGGAAGCGUGACACGUUCCUCGCUCAAGGUAUGAGCAUCGGGCAAGCUGGCAAAGCUGGGGCCGGUGGCAUGAAGCUGCAGUCGAUCGAUCGAACCGAGUCGACCAAAGAAGACCGUGAAGCUGCAGAUGUUGUCAGGGCGUGGAAAGAUCAGCUUGGCAGACUGCGGUCAGUGGUGGCGCAGGUCAAUGGAAAGGACGACCGAGGGAGGAGUGUUGGGUCCAUUCCGGAGCUCGCGGAGACGAUGCCGAUUCGUAUUGCGAAGGAAUCCGAAGGGGCUAUUGCGAGCGUGAAACCGUGUGCUCUGUGUGGGCUGAAGAGAAACGAAAGGAUUGGGAAGGUGGACGUGGAUGUGGAGGAUAGCUUUGGAGAGUGGUGGGUGGAGCAGCUAAGCAUGCAUAGGGCAUGCCGGAAUUUCUGGGAGGAGCAGAAGAACAACCUGAGGUACUGA